AUGUCUCCAUAUCGAAUUGUUUAUGGCAAGGCAUGCCACCUUCCUGUGGAGCUAGAGCACAAAGCUCUAUGGGCAAUCAAGCAAUUCAAUUUUGACAUGAAAGAAGCUGGCUCUCACCGGAAACUUCAGUUGACAGAAUUGGAGGAGCUGCGCAAUGAUGCAUAUGACAAUGCCCGCAUUUACAAGGAAAAGACAAAGCUUCGCUCCAAAUGGGAUGGCCCUUUCAUAGUCAAGUCAGUGUCUCCACAUGGCACCGUCAAAUUACAAGACCCAAAGGAUGGCACUUUGUUCAAAGUCAACGGCCAAAGAUUGAAGCCCUGCAUAGAGGGCAAUGCACAGAAUGAAGAUGUUGCUUCCAUCCACUUGACGGAUCCCAUUUACUUGGACUAG